AUGUCUCAUAAAAAGAUGUAUGAGUCCUCCGAGAGUCCACAGCCCUCGAAAGCCCAAAGAUGGUGGGGUCAACGCGAGUCGUACCCUGUGAAUACGGUGUCGUAUACUCAGGUGGAAAUAUCUGUGGAGUGGAGGGUGGUAAAAAUGAUGCAAUAUGCCCUAAAACACGUCCCUUAUAAUUUCGGUGCGAGGGAUUAUGCGCUCGAUGAGCUGCGCAGAGCUGUGGAACAGUCGGGUCUGUACGACUGUCGUAGGGUGACUAUCCAGGUGAGGAAUCAGCAGAACAUCUAUACGAUCGAGGAAAUACAGUCGGCCCAGGAGGAUAUGGUCUCCAAGGAUAUAUAUCAAGGAUGGGAGAGGCUCCGUCACAGUGCAGAUGAACGUCUUAUGUAUGAAAUAUGA